AUGGCAACUACUUUUCUACGUCUCGCGCGGCGGACACAUUCUAAGCUGCUUUCUAUAUUAUUUCCUCCUCCUCGGCUAGCCCCCAACAAGGACCAAAUCGCUUCCCAGAAGUCCAAUGCUAAACAGCAGGGACUUUGCGGUGAAGCUUUAGUCCUAGCUUCUCAGCUGGAUGGCAAGACCUUCCGUCUACCAGACCUGUGGAAGGUCUUCUCAGACUGGCCGUUAGCCGCGAACCCGCACGCGGAGAGGCUCGAGGUGUUGGUUGACACGUUGCUGGAGCGCAUCAUCACCAAUGAGAGGAAGCUCAAGGCCUUGAAGCAGGCUAACUUCGGUCGUCUCAUCUCCCUUUGGUAUCCUGACGCAGAAUGGCCCGAGCUUGAGAUAGCCGCGGCCUACUCUGUGUGGAUCUUCGUGUGGGACGACGAGGUCGACGCAGGAGACACUGACGUGUCGAACGACGAGGAGCUGUCCAGAGCCUAUUACAAGAAAUCUCUGAGCACCAUCCACAACCUGCUAGGUCUUGAUCCCAGCGAGAAGGGUAAGGAGCAGGUAUUCGAGGAUGAUCAAGCUCUACAUCCCAACAUGACAUUAUUUGCCGAUGUCGGUCGUGGUAUGCGCACUGCUACGGACAGGAUUCAGAGAGAACGUUUCUACCGCGAACUGGAGAACUUCAUGGUUCAGGUAGGUGUGGAACACGUCCAUCGUAUGAGAGGUUCCAUCCCGACGGUGGACAAGUACAUCGAAAUUCGAUCAGGAUCUGUUGGCUGUGCCCCUCAAAUUGCCAUCACAGAUACCAUGCUCAAAGUCAGGCUGCCUGAGUCUAUAAUGGAGUCUCCGGCUAUGAAGGCUCUUUGGAAGGAGACUGUCGUCAUAUGUUUUGUUCUAAACGACAUAUACUCGGUCCAGAAAGAAAUUGCGCAAGCAUCGCUCUUGAACCUUGUCCCCGUCAUGUUCAAGAACUGCGAUCCUGAGAAGCAAACUCUCGAUACGGUAACUCACGAUAUUGAGAUAACCCUACGAGAUUCUAUGAAGGGGUUCGAAGACGCGGCGGCGUCUCUAACUGAGAUAACCUCUCAUGAUUCGCAAGUAAGCAAAGAUACACAGUCGUUCAUUAAAUGGUGUCGUUAUUUCAUUACUGGAGUUCUACAAUGGAGUUUGGAAUCUAAGCGUUACGGCAUGGCGGAGUGUUUACAGGAAGAUGGAUCUCUUAACAUUGUGCUUUGA